AGACAAAUCUUUCAGGUUAGGUUAGGUUAUCAAACAUUGGGAAACACUGACGCAAGCAAUUCUAUAGUUAUAGGAAUUGCAAGCCAUGCGAGUGUGUUUUGAGUGGUGGUCGUCACAGUUCCGAGCGGAGCCUGAAGAACAUCAUGCGAUUCCCAGCACAUUACAACUGAACCUCGAGACGAGAAGAACUCCGUGAAGAGCUAGGCACUCGCGUUUAUCGAAGAGCGAAUAAGAGAUUCUCUUUUGCGAGAAAAAUGGAAGGCGAUCGACUGACCGGUAAGGACAUGAAGGAUGCUGAGACUACCGAAGCCAGACCCAAGGAAACUCUGGGCCUGACCACUGCAGUGGCUUUAGACACGCUGCACCGUGACGUCAAGCGCGUGCUGCAGGAAUAUGAAGAGGAACACAGGAGAAAUAAGAAGUACAGAGCCUGGUUGAAGGAUGCCUUGCACCAUCGCAGCCAAUACACGACACUCUGUUGGACUUCCGCGAUGGCACUGUUGAUCAACGCCGUUAUUCUUAUCAUUGUAUUCUUUGUGCUCAAUGAAACACGGUAUUCCACACUGCCCUAUGAAGGACUGGUAGUCUGUUGUUUAGUAGUAUUCAAUUUUAUUUUAGUGGUGUCGGAUAACAAAUUGCGACACCAAGAGAUUCCUCAGAGAGUGAGGAUUCUCCUCGACCAACUCGACGUCGCGCGUUCCACGUGUCGGUGGAGGCCCGAGAACUAUCCGUACUUGUGCAGUCCGCAAUCGCCCUGCCUCACUCUGCAGUGGACAUAUCGCGACGGCGAAAUAGUCAAUUUACCGUGGGCGUUGCUGGUUGCCGGUGACAUAAUCGUGAUGAAGCCAGGCCAGCAAGCGCCCGGGUAUUGCGUGCCAUACGACGAUCCCGAGGCUCCGGUUUUGCACGGCAGAGAAACCUACAGUCUGCCAGUGCACAGCGCCAACGAGAUCUUCUCGACGCCGCAGGCUCGUGUGCCCCUGAAGAACAAAAUCUACAAACUGCAGGAGACUCCGUAUCUGACGAACCUGCGAAUGGCGUUGGACCAGGCGCUCGACCGACCGGUGACCUAUCACAACCGGAAGCGGCACCUGUUAAUGAUCUGUUGCAUAGAGCACCUGGCCUAUCCGAUACUGCUGAUCGUCAUCCUCGUGACCAAUCUGCUCCGUUAUCUGUACCUGGCGGACUACUUCGGCAUUGGUCACUGGAGCGAGACAUUCUUGCUCCAACCGAUCGCCGUGAGCCUUCCGUUGCUGCCGUUGGUGUUUCCCGCUUGCUGGUUAUUUCUCAAUUGCUUCGGCAUGGCCCGCUUCAAGGCGCUGUUCAAGCUCUAUCUGUCCACGAAGAAGCCCCAAUUUGUAGAUCCAUUCGAGGAUGCGGAUAUUAGUGGUCCGAAUCAUCCGGACGUCGUGUACAAUUGGCUUGAGCUGAAGGAAUACCUCUUCGACAUUCUCUGUGGCAAGGAGCACAUGAUGUCGAGAUCCGCGAGUAUCUUGCAUGUUUUGGGUUCCGUGACUGCACUGUGCUGCGUGGACAAGAAGGGUCUUCUCUCGUGGCCUAAUCCAACAGCGGAAAAAGUGUUUUUCCUACGUAACGCCAAUAAUACUUUGUCGCCGAGUUCGAGUACCGGCAGCGUGGACAAGACAGCCGAGAAGAACCAGGAGUCCGAAGAUACCAAGGCGAACUCGAACAGGACGUCUUACGUGCAGCAUGAUAUGUCACAUUCUACCGCCGAGGUGUUGGAUCUCACGCAUGAUCACGCCUUGCCGUUCCGACUGCAAUUCGAUGACCAUUCGUGGCGACAACACCUGAACUCGCUGAAACCGCUUGGUCUGGCGAUCCUGCUCAACACGUGCAACAUGGACACGCAGGAGCACUACAUGCAGUUCUGCUGCCACGUCACCUGCGAAGCUCUCUACAACGAGAAUCUAGUCCCAGUGACGAACAGACGGUGCCUGUGCGAGCUGGCGAAGCAGAUCGGCUUUCAGGACCAGGCGCAGAAGAUAUUUCAGUUGGAGCAACAGCUGUCUACGUUUAGGCACGUGCAACCGGAAAUGGUGAGGCGGGACAUAAAGUUCGCGCGUUCGCUGAGCAUCGCGACGAAGCUGAAGUUCCCGUUUCCUCACAUGGUUGCUGUGGUCGUAAAAGAGCGCAGCGGCGGUGGUUUGCAAUUACUGACGCAGGGAACAGCCGACAUAAUUCUGGACUCGUGCAUCGAGUAUUGGGACGGUCACGAUCUCUGUCCUCUCUCCGCGUCAGACAGAAAAAAGGUGCAGGACUUUUAUCAGAGAACUAGCUUGACAUCGUACUGCACCGCGUUCGCUUAUAGACCACUGACGCGCGCCAUCAGCAGCAAGAUGUCCGACAUAUACUUGGAGCUUCCCGCAGACAGUAAGCACUUGUACACGCCGCAUAGAAGCCCGACACCGUUACCGUGGGACUUCAGAAACGUUCUCGAUCCCAGAGCACGAGGAAUACUUGGGCAGUUUCACUCGACAGAUUCCCUAUUGUGUAACGAGAACAAGGAUGACGAUGUGAGCGACGUCGAGGGCUGCUUCGAGAUUCAGUGCAAUCAGGUGUUCAUCGGAAUGGUUACCAUGCAAUACCAGGCUCAAACAGACAUGGUGCAAUUGAUCGAACAGUUAGAUAGAGCGUGCAUACGAUUCGUCCAUUUCAGCAAGGAGAACGAGUUGCGCUCUCGCGUCUUCUCGGAGAAGAUGGGUCUGGAAAGCGGAUGGAACUGUCAUAUCUCGUUGCUCAGUGAGGGAGCCAGCACUAAUCUGAACAACAGUCGAGCGAUGAGCAUGUCCGCGCCGAGCGCGAUCAACACGGAAUUUACGACGGUGAAGUUUGAAGAGGAGACCACGGAGUGGAACAACACAGGAACUUCGCAGGUCAAGAGCGCCAUGAGCCACAGGGAGCAAGACACGGUGAGAAGCGAGGAUAGCGUGCUGGUGCAGAGCGUUGAUCUUGGAUCGGGUCAGGAAGCCUGGAGGUCCCUGAGUUGCCUCACUGACAGCACCGAGCAGAGUGCGCCGGUCAACUUCGAUCUGUCGAAUAGAGCGAAACUACCGAGAGGCAUAGACAAGAUACGCCCGCAUAUCGAGCUGAUUGAUAACGUCCCGUUGCUGGUGUCGUUAUUCACCGACUGCAACACCACGGUGACUCGCGAGAUGCUGCACAUCAUGCAGGACUAUGGCGAGGUGGUGUGUGUGCUCGGCUCCUCCGCGAAUGCCGAAAACAUGCCGAUCUUUAUGCAGGCUGAUGCCGGAGUGGCGGUGGAGCCUUUGCAUCCCCAGGUGUGUCAGAAGGUACCCGUUUUGGUGCCUACCACUGAGAGUCAAGGCAUUUCGCCAGUUGAUCUCAGUAGAGCGCUCAAUUCCGUUGCGUGCUCAUUAAGCGUGAAACGUGAAGAUCCCGUAGCGAUCUUCCAUCUUAUUAUGGAGGCUCGCCAUUAUAUGAGGAGUCUAUGGAACUGCGUGCAAUUCUGGCUGUGCUGCACAAUCACACUUUCUUUUACCCAAGCGCUGUCGGCAUUCUUACUGUUACCACCGUUGUUUUCCGUUGACCAAGUGAUCUGGCUGUGCUGCUUCAUAAUUCCCAUGCUGUCGAUAUCCAUGAUUGCCACUCCAAUAGAUCCAACGAUAAUGCAACGAGCGACUGGGAAGAAUCAGUGCAUAGUCAAUGGACAGGUCGCGCUGUUCGUGCUGUGGUGUUACGGCUGUAAGUUCCUACCAACGGUGAUCACAGUGAUCCUGUCGCAGUGCGUGUCGUUCCUGACGCUCUGUCCCUUCUACGUGCCGCAGAACUCCAAGUGCCUGUACAUAUACCCGGACGUGCCGAGUCAAGUCCCUUGGGGUGGCUGGGGUGCCAGGCCCAACGUUAUCCUGGCCGUUCAGCAUUUUGCUCUCGUUCUCAUAGUCCUGCACUUCAUCACGAUAUCUAUUGGUUUCGUACAUAGAGAAUACUCUAUAUGGAAGAAACAUCCCGCGAACAAUUGCAUAUGGUUUCUUAGCAUAUUCAUCGUAUUGUGCGCACAGGCGGUGUCCUCCGGCAUAGCACUCUGCAGGUUUUGGAGAGAGGAGAGCAAAAGGAUAGAGAAUUUUCCCAUACACGUGGCGUUAUUCUUCCUGCUCUCCGUGCCAUUGAUGUUCGCGGUUAACGAGUUGAUUAAGUGGCAAGAGAUCAAGGUGAACGUGAGGUAUCAGAAGAGAGCGCGUCUAGAGUUUGGCACCAAGUUGGGGAUGAACUCGCCGUUUUAGUUUAAUCGGGGCUCGAAGCACCCUGAAGAGGAGGUUCGUGUACUUAUGGUACUCCGUGUACUCCAUGCCAAAUAUUGCCAAAUCGUAGAUAAUUCAGAUAAAUUAUUGGUAUUUUUCUAUAGCUACAUAUACAUAUUUCUAUUUUAUGGUAUAAUGCGCGCACGCGAUAGACAAGCGAGCCAUCAAUCACGAGCUUAAAUUACGAGCGCAGUGUAACAGCUUCUUCGCGCGAUUUAUCUGACAGCGGAAUUUGUACGAUAUUUUGUGAAACCGCUUCGUCCGAAUUGAGAAGUGGUUUCCCUGACAGCCAGUCACUUUUUUUUGUUUUUGAAACACUCCGUCAUGAUACGAGAUGCAUAACAUAGGUGUCAUCAAAUUCUUGAGUUUUAAAGGAUGAUUAACGUCCAGCAGUAAGUAAUCUUAAAGCAACUCUCGCAAGAUAGUUUCUAGAGAUUUUUCCAGCGUCCGUAGCAACGAGGGAGGGUACCUGACAAGGCGGUGACGCCUUGUAUUUGAUGACAUUAGCACUACUAGAGUGUCACGAUAUUAUAGAGUACUUGUACAUAAAGAUGUUCCUAUCGAUAGUAACUUAUUUGUAGCGAUUACACAUAGAUUAGCGAAUUGCGAAAGUACUCUGCGAAAUUACGCUCGGCUGCGUCGAAGUUCCGCUUGGCGCUCCAAUGGUAGGAGUUUCGCUCGCACGUGGUUCUUUGGUUGUGAAAUGAUCCUAUUUUCAACAAAUAGGUAAUUCUUAGUUCCCUCCACCGAGUAUAGCAGAGUGUAACGAUUGCCGAAAUUUUUCUUUUUUUUAACAGAAAUAAACUUUUAUUAAGC